GCGUGCUCACUCGGUGCCGCGCGCGCGCCUCUGAACCUCCACGGACUCUGUAGCUUUCGGCUGCGCCUCCCUUGGCGGCUACCCUUAACCAUACCUCUGUCGCUGGGUACGGCAGCACUUUGGGGACAAAAAUCUGCCCUCUUCAGUGGGCUCUGCUUAGCACUUCUUCCUUGCGUGGACAAAUCUGAGGGGGCAAGUAUUAGCGUCUCCGCUCGCUGCUACCCGAGAGGUAGGAGGAGGCUGAACCCGGCGCGGAGUUCGGCCUGACUGCGGCCUGGGCCCGGCGAGACGCCUUCGCUGGCCGGAUGUUGCGAUGGCUGAUCGGCGGAGGACGAGAACCUCAGGGACUGGCCGAGAAAUCUCCUUUACAGACAAUAGGUGAAGAACAAACCCAGAACCCCUACACUGAACUGCUUGUACUGAAAGCUCAUCAUGACAUUGUACGAUUUCUGGUACAGUUAGAUGACUACAGAUUUGCAUCUGCUGGUGAUGAUGGAAUUGUAGUUGUGUGGAAUGCCCAGACAGGAGAAAAACUUCUGGAACUCAAUGGACACACUCAAAAGAUAACAGCUAUUAUUACGCUUCCUUCUUUGGAAGCUUGUGAAGAAAAAAAUCAGCUGAUCUUGACAGCCUCUGCUGAUAGAACAGUUAUUGUAUGGGAUUGUGAUACUGGCAGACAAGUUCAGAAAGUAUCAUGCUUCCAGUCUACUGUAAAGUGUUUAGCUGUUCUUCGGAGACUAGAUGUUUGGCUCUCUGGUGGGAAUGACCUGUGUAUGUGGAACCGAAAAUUAGAUCUCCUGUGUAAGACCAGUCACCUUUCUGAUACAGGGAUCAGUGCUUUGAUUGAAAUACCUAAGAACUGUGUUGUGGCAGCAGUUGGCAAAGAACUGAUAAUUUUCAGGUUGGUAGCACCCACCGAGGGAUCACUAGGAUGGGAUAUUCUUGAAGUUAAGCGCCUCCUUGAUCACCAGGAUAAUAUUCUUUCACUGGUUAAUGUCAACGAUUUGAGUUUCGUAACUGGCUCCCAUGUUGGAGAGUUGAUCAUCUGGGAUAUCCUGGACUGGACUGUGCAGGCCUGUGAACGCAACUUCUGGGACCCAUCUCCACAGCUGGACACUCAGCAAGAAAUAAAACUCUGUCAAAAACCAAAUGACGUUUCCAUUCAUCAUUUCACAUGGGAUGAAGAGAAUAUAUUUGUUGCAGUUGGAAGGGGUUUGUACGUGUAUAACCUUCAAAUGAAGCGUGUGAUUGCCUGCCAGAAAACCGCACAUGACUCCAGUGUCUUGCAUGUUGCCAAACUUCCAAACAGGCAGUUAAUCUCAUGCUCAGAAGAUGGCAGUGUACGCAUUUGGGAGUUACGAGAAAAACAGCAGCUUGCGGCUGAACCUGUACCAACAGGUUUUUUUAACAUGUGGGGAUUUGGAAGAGUAAAUAAACAAGCCAGCCACCCUGUUAAAAAGCAACAAGAGAAUGCCACUUCGUUCUCAUUGGAGCUUAUUGGAGAUUUGAUUGGACACUCGUCAUCUGUGGAGAUGUUUCUGUACUUUGAAGAUCAUGGACUAGUGACAUGCUCUGCAGAUCAUCUCAUUAUUUUGUGGAAAAAUGGAGAACGUGAAUCUGGACUGCGCAGUUUAAAGUUAUUUCAAAAAUUAGAGGAGAAUGGUGACUUAUAUCUUGCUGUCUAGUUCAAGGAAUUUGGAACACCUGUGCAUGAACCUUGAACAUCAAAUAUAGGGUAAUACUCUGAAAACCAAUUACCGUAUUGAUCACUUAAAUUUUGUAAUUUUUUUUUCUUGUUACACCAUAAAAUUCCGGUUGUUUGAACUCCUUUUUUUCUGGGCCUACAAACCAGCAAGUUGCUUAUCAGAUAUUAGUAUAUUCAUCAAAUAUAGCACAACUUUUCACUUGACUUUUCACAUAGCAGUUGGUUUUUACAAAGUGAAGUUUUCAGAUUUUAGUACAAAUGUGUGUUGAAGAAGAAUAUUUAGAGAAAGAUUUUUUUAUGCUUAAAAAAAGGGAGGAGGAGCUGCUGCUUUGCGCCAGGACCGGAGAACGUACGUAGAUCUUCUGUCAGAUAUGCCACGCAAUGCUCAUUGUCCUUUUCAUAUUCUUCUAUUGUACUGUAUUUUUCUCCAUUAAGCAGUUUUCAUUUUUAAUUUAAACCAGUGAUUGUGAACAUUAUUUGGUUUUGUGCAAUAAGCAGGGGUAAGCGUGUAAGUCCUUCUCUCCUCUCUUUUUGGCUUUUAAUUUUCCUCCAUAAUGGACUUUGGAGAGUCUGCCUUAGGUUAUGAGUUUAUAAAAUUGUUUUCUUGGAUUGUAUACAGUAUUACUUGAAUUAUAAAAAGGAAUUCAUAGAUUUCUAA